UAUAAAAGGCUGGAAUGGCGUUGCAGUCGCCUAGUAAAACCAUCAACCGAGCGAUCGCAAGACGUCAGCCGCGCGAGUAGUUUUCACGCGAUUACGAGCGGCACGCGAUAUAAAAAGUCAGGAGUCGGCAAUCGCCUUGUUAACGAUAACAAAACGUUACUGCACGCGCCAUGGCUGCAGAGAGGAACGUGCUGCUUGUGUACGCUCACCAGAGCAACAGAUCAUUUAACGCUGCCGCAAGGGAUGCAGCUGUGGAGGUGCUGCAGGGUCAGGGCUGCCGGGUGACAGUGUCCGACCUGUAUGCCAUGGGCUUCAGGGCUUGUGCCACCGCAGACGACAUCAUUGGGGACCUCAAAAAUCCAGACAACUUCCAUUAUGGUGAAGAAGCCAUGCAGGCCUGGAAGGAAGACCGUCUGACCGAUGACAUCAAGGCAGAGCAUCAGAAAGUGCGGGAGGCCCAGCUCAUCAUCUUCCAGUUCCCCAUGUACUGGUUCAGCGUGCCUGCAAUCCUGAAGGGCUGGAUAGAUAGAGUGCUGACUCAGGGCUUUGCCUUCUCGCUGCAGAACAUGUACAGCAACGGAAUCUUCAGGGAUAAAAAAGUGAUUUUGUCUUUUACCACCGGAUCCCCGGAGUGCAUGUUUCUCCCAGAGGGAGUCCAUGGAGACAUUAAUGUGGCACUGUGGCCCCUGCAGAGUGGGACUCUAUACUUCUGUGGCUUCCAAGUGCUACCGCCCCAGAUCUUCUGGUCCCCAGUCUACAGUCCUCCUGAGAGACAGGCGGCCAUGCUGGCGGAGUGGCGGGAACGACUGGCGACGCUAUGGGAGGAAACACCCCUGAGCUUUACUCCUACCAACUUGUUCGACAUGAGCUUCAGUGGGGGCUUCCAGCUCCUCCCCCAGGUGAAGGAGCGGCGCCAGGCAGAGCCCUACGGCCUGUCCACGGGACACCACCUGGGCAAGCCCAUCCCCCCCAACAACCAGACCAAGGCCUCGCCUCCUCGUGACUGAACAGACAUGGGUGCAGCGCUCACUGCCACUUUUCACUGGCCUUUAAUGGCAAAUCUCCUUCUUUUAUAGUUUUUUUUUUCUGGACAUUACAUUUUUGAAAGAAUGUUACAGAAGCAUGCAUGAGAUUAUCAUGCAUCAGUCGCUGAUUGAUUAGGUCACUAAUGACCUUCAUUCUUAACCCCCUAUGCAUCAGAAAUAAAGCACAAGAUGUUCUA